GGGUUCGGUUAUGUUCCAGGCAAACUCAUUGUAAAUACAACUCUCUCAACUCCGGGUCCGAGUCAACGGUUGUACCCGGUCCAACCGGAUGGAAUGACCUUGGACGCAAUCAGUCAUCAUCCGCGUGUGAAUCUCCGCCUACUUUUGGCACCAUGGCAGGAUGAGAUUGAUGAACUGUCUCAUAUGAGUUCGAGCACAAACGUUCCAACUGACCCCGUCCAACCGUUUGGCCCUAUUCCGGAUCCUGGCCAGUCAUUGCAUUUCGGUUCAUUUCGACCUUCCGAUUCGUGUUCCACGAACAACGCACACAUUUCCGUCCAGUCGACCGCGUUACCCGACCCAGUCCACAGAGUAGUCGACUUAAACACUCCCAUGACAAUUCACCAGCCAAAUGUGGCCUGUUCCUCGUCUGUUCCGAACACUACGGAACGUCUCAUUCAAGAGCCUCAAAUUAUCACUGAGGGUCAAUCUGUAGGAAAUCCGUCCACCGCAGAGCAUCCAAACAGAUCCGGGGCUGGCCAAAUGACGGUGGAAGAUGCACGCUUUCGUAGUCCCAAUACGAGUCGACGAUCAUUCUUCCCAACCGCGACACCCUUAUCCUCUGGCGGUCCUCCGGGGCGUGGACUACCAACCAAAUAUGGAAUGAGUUCCAAAUGGCUUGCUACCGGAACAUCGUCUCCAACGGCCAUAUCAUUGACUACAUUAGGCAACUCACAACGCUUCAAGAAGUCGAUUCGUGAUUUGAUGGUCUUUCUGAAUUUCCGGAAUCGCGAGUUGAAAUUUUUGAUUCUAUGA